UAGGUAGGUAGGUAGGUGCCAGUAUGUUUCGCUCGCCCGGUUAUCGCCCGCGACUGAGUAUGGGGGAGGCCUUCCUUCCAUCUCUCUUCCUUCCUCCUUCCCUCCUUCCUCCUUCCUUCCUUUCUUUCCUGCCUUCCUUCCUUUCUUGUCUUCCCGCUCUCAACCGGUUUACAAGUACCAAGGACCUAGGUACCUCCCCCCCCCUGGCCACGCAUACCCUUGGCAACAGCCAACCUUUAAAAGGGCGUUUACAAGGGUUGAGCGACGGCGGCGGCUUCUUGAAACUGGCUCAAAGCAGGGUCAAGAGACCUUACGAGGGACAGCCUCGGGUAGGUACCUCGGUCUCACAGCCAGGCUUUGGCUCGCGGCACCAUCAUCAAGCCUUCCCAGCUUCCGCAAGCAGAAAACAUUGUAACAACGUAUUGUACUCCGUACCUAGCGUAAACUGCUUUGCCAAGACUGCCAGGUACCUGAGGGAUUACUCAGCGGUACCACUUUCCCCCCUUCAACAUGCAAUUUGCGCUUUGCAAUGCGCUGUCAUGCAUCCCCCGCCCAUCACCCAAUUGCCGCCGAUCGGAAAUCUCGUCUCCUUCCAUCACCGUACGACAACAUGAAGGUCUUUACUUCGUCGCGGCCUGUCCGCCCAAAGUGACGAACAAAUGCUCUUAUUCAUCGGUUGCGGACGCAUGGACAAGACAGAGUUAGUCUCUCCCGAGUUAGAAACUAAGAGACUACAUUCAGACAUGGCAUCCGAGGGUAAGGAUACUCAUGGUCUUGAAGCCGGUUCAGCUGACGACUGAGCCCCCGAUUGUUCUCGAAAAGCCUGCAGCCCAGCGCCGCCCGAUUCUUUCCUUGGGACCAAAGUCUGAUACGGAUACUACCUACCUACCUACUGUAGCAUGACGGAGUCCUGUCUGCUAUUCCUGGUACCGACCAACUAACCGCCCGGCCUGCCCGCCGCCCCCUUGCUUGCGGGUGGCUGUUCUCAACCACCAGCCCAUCUUGCAGUAGCCAUCUUACAUCGCGUCGCUCUGCCGCACCGCG